AUGAGUGGUGCAGCGUUGGGCCUUGAGAUAGUAUUUGUCUUUUUUCUGGCCUUGUUCCUACUUCAUCGGUAUGGAGACUUCAAGAAACAGCAUAGGCUGGUGAUCGUAGCAACAUUAUUGGCUUGGUAUCUUUGCUUUCUUAUUGUAUUUAUACUGCCUCUGGAUGUCAGUACGACUAUUUAUAAUCGGUGCAAACUUGCUGUUAACUCCAGCCCUGCAGAAAGUAAUGGCUCUUACGUUACUCUUGCUCCAAGCAAGCAAAAAUGUUUCAAACCAUGGAGUUACAUUCCUAAUGGAAUUAUGCCAAUUUUCUGGCGUGUGGUAUAUUGGACAUCACAGUUUUUAACAUGGAUUCUGCUACCUUUCAUGCAGUCAUAUGCUAGAUCAGGAGGGUUCUCCAUUACUGGAAAGAUUAAAACUGCAUUGAUUGAGAAUGCAAUCUAUUAUGGGACUUACUUGCUGAUUUUUGGAGCAUUUUUAAUAUAUGUGGCUGUAAACCCAAACUUCAAUUUACAAUGGAACCAGCUUCAGACUAUUGGGAUAGCCGCUGCGAACACAUGGGGUCUCUUUCUUCUUGUGUUGCUUUUGGGUUAUGGUUUGGUGGAGAUUCCCCGUUCUCACUGGAAUGGGGCCAAGAGGGGUUAUCUACUCAUGAAGACCUAUUUCAAAGCUGCCAAACUGAUGACUGAAAAAGCAGAUGCGGAGGAGAAUUUAGAGGAUAUCAUGGAGGAAGUCCGUAAAGUAAGUGAGAGUAUCAAGUAUAACCACCCUUUGAGAAAAUGUGUUGAUACAAUACUGAAAAAGUGUCCUACUGAGUACCAGGAAAGAAUGGGUAGGAACAUGGAUGAUUAUGAAGAUUUUGAUGAAAGACAGAACAGUUAUCCAAGUGAAAAAAGUUUGGUCAAACUUCACAAGCAGGUGAUCUAUUCAGUACAGAGACAUCGUCGUACACAGGUCCAGUGGCAAAUUCUCUUAGAACAAGCAUUUUACCUAGAAGAUGUGGCAAAAAAUGAAACCAGUGCAACUCGACAGUUUGUUCAUACCUUUCAUUCCCAGGAACCAGAGAAUAAAAUUAUUCAGUAUUUCUACACACCAACUGUUGAGUGGUACUGGGAAUGUCUUCUACGACCGUGGUUUUACAGGGUGCUUGCAGUUGUUCUGGCCACGUUCUCUGUAAUUGUUGUGUGGUCUGAGUGCACGUUUUUCAGCACAAAACCAGUUUUAUCACUAUUUGCAGUUUUCAUACAGCUGGCAGAAAAGACAUAUAAUUAUAUAUACAUAGAGAUGGCCUGUUUUCUUACCAUCUUUUUCCUAAGUAUCUGUGUUUACUCUACUGUCUUCAGGAUCCGUGUAUUUAACUAUUAUUACUUAGCUUCACAUCAUCAGACAGAUGCGUACAGUCUCCUUUUCAGUGGCAUGUUAUUUUGCCGUCUCACUCCACCAUUAUGCUUGAACUUUUUGGGCUUGACCCAUAUGGAUGCAACAAUCUCUCACAAAAACACUCAGCCAACAGCUUAUACAUCUAUAAUGGGAUCCAUGAGAGUGCUGUCCUUCAUUGCAGAUGGAUUCUAUAUAUAUUACCCAAUGCUUGUUGUCAUUCUCUGUAUUGCCACAUACUUCAGUUUAGGAACUCGUUGUUUGAAUCUUUUGGGAUUCCAGCAGUUCAUGGGGGAUAGCGAAAUGACCUCUGACUUGAUUGAUGAAGGAAAAGAGCUAAUCAGGAGAGAGAAAAGAAAACGACAAAGACAGGAAGAAGGUGAAAACAGAAGAAGGGAGUGGAAGGAGCGGUAUGGAAAUAGAGAUGAUUCCACUAGAAGCAGAGUUGUCCACACAGACCAAAAAGAAUCCAGCUUCUCAGAGACCAAUACCAAUAGAUCACUAUCAAAGUAUACCCGAUCAAACGGUAGGACUGAAAGAGAUCGAAUAGAACUCCUCCAGGAUGCAGAACCUUUGGAUUUUAAUGCAGACUCAAUUAAUGAUGACCCUCUUGAAUCGGACUCAGGAAGGUACCAGCCUGGUGGAAGAUACCUGUCAAUGUCUCGAAGCAAAAUAUUUGAUGAUGUCUAA